AUGGAGAAAGAAGGGGACACCCAGCAGCUGAUCCGGGAGGCGACUGAGCUUGCUCAACUUUUGAGCGCUCCUGGUAAUGCUAGCCUUGUUCAGAAUGCCCAAGCGCGUCUGCAGGCCUUACAAAAGUCUCCUGCCGGCUGGACAAUCGCCGACAGCCUGCUUGCAAAUGACGACGCAAAUGUUCGGUUUUACGGCGCCCUUACUCUAACUAUGAAAAUCCAUCAAGAUUGGAAUAAUCUAGGGGAACAGUCUAUAGGAGAGCUGCUCGUCCGGCUUGUCGAUUAUUUUGUGCUCUUAGUCGGCAAGCACGAAACAACGGUAGUCAUGAGGAAAUUCAUAGCAUCCAUGACCACCAUGUUCUUCAAGCCCCAGGCUCCGUGGACACACUGCAUCCGGCAUGUUGCCAUCUCCUUAGCCAAUGGGAAGUACUUGCCCGAGGAGCAGUUAGACCAGCAAACCUUUCAGGCUCUUGCCUUGCCCUCACUCAAUUAUGACCGCCUUGUAGCCGUCUUAUCCUUCUCCACUACGCUUGCAGAGGAGUCUAUGCGACAUAGUUCAAGUAGUAUCAACUAUCAUGACCGGCUCGUAGCAAAUCUGAAUGAUGCUUUUUUCUUGAUCAAUUAUGCGUUUCAACGUGUGAUUGCACAAGCUCCAGCAACCACCGUGUCAUCCAAUCAAUCAAGCAACACUGCCUUGGAGGCUAUUAAAUCUUUGCACGCUUGGAUUUUUGCAUUGCGAGGCACUCGUGUGGACAAGCCUGCCAUCUCUGCCGCUGUUAAUGUUCCCCUGACUUGCUCUCUUCGAUUCAUCUCCGAACCUGGCCUUGCACAGGAUGUGAUGGACCUUGUCCUGGAUCUCAUCACAAAUCAGCCUAAAUUACUUCAUUCGAAGCAUUUCGAUUGCGUAUUAGACUUUUUGAUUGGCCAGAAUGGUCAGCAAUAUGCACUAGACAUCCUCAAGGGAGAUUUCGAGGACGAGCAAGUGCGCUUUUUGGAUUUGCUUGUCAAAUUUUCUUCUUCGGAUGAGCAGGUUCGAGUUCUGACUCAACCUCCUGACGCUAAGCAAGAACGCAUUCUGUUUCUAUUAUUCAAACUAUUCCAUGCCCCUGGCUUCGCCGCGGUCGAUGACACGGCGAUCAAUAUCCUACUUGAGUUUUGGACGGAGGCUGCCGAUAAUAUCAACGAUUUGAUUAUGGAAGGCGCUUUUGAUGAACCGACGCCGGCAAUCAAGGAGAAUUUUACACGCGUUAUUGCAGAAUGCUUCGACAAACUCAGAUAUCCGAAUCCAUCUACCCUGAAGGAGUGGGUAGAGGACGAUGUGAAGUUGUUCAACGCCUUCCGACGGGAUUUCAGUGAUUUUCUGCAGGCCGCAUAUCCUCUUUUGGGUGUUCCAGUCGUCCAGCAGAUCCAGGAACGAGCAGCCAUCGCCAUACGUGACCAUGACUGGGAGAGGUUUGAGGUUGCCAUGUUUUGCCUGGCAGCAUUGGCAGAUACCAUUGCUGAGAAUGAGCAUGCUGACAACCUGCUGCACGCACUAUUCCAAUCACAACUCUUCGACGCAAUAUGCUUCGGUCGAACGGACAUUCCAUUGAAAGCUCGCCAAACUCUGGCUGACGUGAUUGCGAGAUACACGCCGUACUUUGAAAGGAAUCAUAACCUCCUCCCGCCGGCUUUGAACUUUCUGUUCAGCUCACUGGAAAUGCCAAGUUCUGAGCAUGCCGCCGCGAAAUCGAUCUCAACUUUAUGCGGAACUUGUCGUCGGGCUCUUACGGUUUACAUCGAGGAUUUUGUCAGCAAAUUUAUUCAAAUCCAUGCGAACCCGUCCACAAACAGUCAUACCGUAGAACGGGUUGCAGAAGGGAUUGCUUCGGUGAUUCAAGCUGUUGAUCCUGAGCCCGCAAAAGCCACUUUACUGGCGAAGCUGCUUGAUCCUUUAUGCCAAGAAGCAAACCAGGCCGUGGAAAUGGCGCGUAGUGGCCGGCAAGAACAGGGCUUGGCAGGUGGUUUGAGGGUGAUGGGCUGCACGGCAAGCAUUGGCAAGGGGCUUCGUGCCCCGGAGGACCUUGUCAUCGAUCUCGAUGAUGGGGACGAAGAUCAACGGCGCCCCGGUGGAAGCAUAUUCUGGUUGAACGAUCCUCGUGGGACUUCACUUCAGGUGCUUAUCGUCAACAUUCUUGAGUACCUAGUGAACGAGUUCUCUGCCGAUGGAGAUAUCAUUGAAAGCGCGUGCGACAUACUCAAAGCCGGAUAUACGGAAAGAGUGCCGGGUCCUUAUGUACUUCCUCCGGAAGUAACAGUUCGCUUUGUGAAAUCGGUUAAAACGUCGUCUGCUCGGUUUCCAGUUGUAAUGGGAACCGCGUCAGCCUUUUUAGCAUCGCGGGCUUCAAACCCUGCACAGAUCCACAACGAAGUCGUCGAUCUUAUCGCCCAUUGUUACGGUCUCAUGGUACAAAUGGCACAAGAUCCGCUGCAGGCCCCGAUACUCUUCCUCUACGUGCAGCAUGUUCUUUUUGGGCUACGCUAUUGA